CGGGGUUUGCCGUAAACCCGCGAGUAGCGACCCCGCCGGUGCGGGACUCGGUCGCUGCCCGCCGUGCACGGUACCCGGUGCGCGAUGCGUGCGGGCGGGGAGGCGCCGCACCAGGUGCUGGGCCGGCUGCGGUUCCUGCUGCAGUGCAGCGAGUGCUUCCGCCGCGCCCGGGCGCUGCCCGCCGCGCUCUGCUACGUGCCGCGGGAGGUGCAGUACAAGAUCUGCAAGGACCCCGCCGCCGCCGCCGCCGCCGCCCGCAGCCUGCUCAGCGUCUGGGACAGCCCGGGGCCGGCGCGGGGCGGCAAGCGGGCGGCGCGGGCCACCAUCGAGGUGCGGAAGGGCGGCUGCCUCCGCGCCACCGGCGAGGAGUACUGCAACGGCGCCGGGCUCUGGGUCAAGCUCAGCAAGGAGCAGCUGGAGGAGUACCGGAGCGGCUGCGAGCUGGAGGAGGGCUGGGUCCUGGUGUGCAAGCACGCCGACGGCGGGGACCGGCUGGUGCCGGUGGAGUCCACGGAGCGGAUCCAGCGGCAGCAGCAGCUCUUCGGGGUGGACUACAAACCCGUCAUCAGAUGGGAGCAGGUGGUGGAUCUGACGUACUCCCUGCGCCUCGGAGCGAAGCCCAAGCCCAUGGAGCAGGAUGAGGCCGCAGUAGAGAAGCUUCGGUUUGUGCCCCCAACAUGGACUUAUGAAUGUGACGAAGACCUGGUGCAUUUCCUCUAUGAUCACAUUGGGAAGGAGGAUGAGAACUUGGGCAGUGUCAAGCAGUAUGUGGACAGCAUCGAUGUGUCAUCCUACACGGAGGACUUCAAUGUGUCAUGCUUGACCGACAGCCAUGCCGACACAUACUGGGAGAGUGACGGGUCCCAGGGCCAGCACUGGGUGCGGCUCAACAUGAAGAAAGGCACCAUUGUCAAGAAGCUCCUGCUGACAGUGGAUACCACCGAUGAGAACUUCAUGCCCAAGCGGGUUGCCGUGUAUGGGGGUGAGGGGGACAAUCUGAAGAAACUGAACGACGUUGGCAUUGAUGAGAGCUACAUUGGGGAUGUGUGCGUCCUUGAGGACAUGACAACACACCUGCCUGUCAUCGAGAUCCGGAUCGUGGAGUGCAGAGAUGAUGGGAUUGAUGUUCGCCUCCGAGGCAUCAAAAUCAAAUCCUCCAGACAGAGGGACUUGGGCCUCAGUGCUGACAUGUUCCAGCUGCCCAAUUUAGUGCGCUACCCUCGCCUAGAAGGGACAGACCCUGACCUGCUGUACCGACGGGCUGUGCUUAUUCAAAGGUUCAUCAAGCUCCUGGACAGUGUGCUGCAUCACUUGGUGCCAGCCUGGGACCACACUGUUGGCACGUUCAGCAAACUCAAGCAUAUCAAGCAGUUCUUGCUGCUGUCCAAGAGGCGCACAGCUCUCAUUACCCAGUGUCUGAAGGACUCUGAGACCAGCAAGCCCAAUUUCAUGCCGCGGCUCUAUAUUAACCGACGCCUGGCUAUGGAGCACCGAGACAACCCUGCCCUGGACCCCAGCUGCAAGAACGCUGUCUUCACCCAGGUGUAUGAAGGCCUGAAACCCUCAGACAAGUUUGAAAAGCCUCUAGAUUAUAGGUGGCCGUUGCGUUAUGACCAGUGGUGGGAGUGCAAAUUCAUCGCAGAGGGCAUCAUUGACCAAGGUGGUGGUUUUCGGGACAGCCUGGCAGACAUGUCGGAGGAGCUGUGUCCCAGCUCAGCAGACACCCCUGUGCCUCUGCCCUUCUUUGUGCGCACGUCCAACCAGGGUAAUGGCACUGGAGAAGCCCGGGACAUGUAUGUCCCCAACCCCUCCUGUAAAGACUUCCCAAAGUACGAGUGGAUUGGGCAGAUCAUGGGAGCAGCUCUGAGGGGCAAGGAGUUUCUGGUCCUGGCUCUUCCUGGCUUCGUAUGGAAACAAUUAACAGGGGAGGAGGUCAGCUGGAGCAAAGACUUCCCUGCCGUGGACUCCGUGCUGGUGAAGCUCCUGGAGGUGAUGGAAGUCAUGGACAAAGACACCUUUGAGUUCAAAUUUGGGAAUGAGCUGACCUACACGACAGUCCUGAGUGACCAGCGCAUGGUGGAGCUGAUCCCCAAUGGCAGCAGCACCGUGGUGCGCUACGAGGACCGCAAGGAGUUCAUCCGCCUGGUGCAGAAGGCUCGACUGGAGGAGAGCAAGGAGCAGAUCAUGGCCAUGCAGGCUGGGCUCCUGAAGGUGGUGCCUCAAGCUGUUCUUGACCUCCUCACCUGGCAGGAGCUGGAAAAAAAAGUCUGUGGAGACCCCGAAGUCACAGUUGAUGCCCUGAAGAAGCUCACCCGGUUUGAGGACUUUGAGCCAUUGGACACCCGUGUUCAGUACUUCUGGGAAGCACUCAACAACUUCACCAAUGAGGAUCGCAGCCGCUUCCUCAGAUUUGUCACUGGCAGAAGCCGCCUUCCAGCACGGAUCUACAUCUAUCCAGACAAGAUGGGCUCUGAGACAACAGAUGCUUUGCCGGAGUCGUCCACCUGCUCCAGCACCCUCUUCUUGCCCAACUAUGCCACAGCCAAGGUAUGUGAAGAGAAGUUGCGCUAUGCCGCCUAUAACUGCGUGGCCAUUGACACAGAUAUGAGUCCGUGGGAAGAGUGAUGUUGCAGCCUGACCGAGCAGCAUGGACAAUCGUUCGACAAAACCGUGCAGUUGGGAAGAGCUCCCUUGUCCCCCCAGGAUGUGUAUAUAUAAUAAACAUAUAGGUGUGAUGCCUGGCUCCCAGCAGUGGUAACCAGCACCUCUUUGGACACGGAGGUUUAGGUCUUCAGCAGGGUGGGAGCUAGCUUGGAGUGUAAAUGUGAUUGCAAUAAUGAAACCCUGGCUCAGCCCUCAUACAUCAGAAAGGUCUGGUAGGCUUUUGUAAUGAGUUUCUUCUCCACGUGUCCCUGUUGCAGCUCCACAACUCUCACUCCUCCCAGGCUAUGCUCUGCUCCUAACAGAAGUGGGGUAGGGCCGCAAAGCUGCACAGCAGGUUACAGCACAGGACAGAGAACUGUCGAGCUGCUGCUGAGACUAUGGGGAUGCUCAAAGAUGCUCAGUGUGCAUCCUAGCCUGAGUGUCCUGACCACAUUCCCUUGCCUUGUUCCUGCUCUCAUCUGAGGUCAGUGGAAAUGAGAUCAUUCAUCUAGGUUUAAGAAGAAAUGGGGCAGGCUGGUGGCUGGUGCUGUAGGGGUGCCUCUGGCCACCAGGUGUCACGACAGACCUUGCACAGAAGGACCGCAGGUGCUGUCAGGAAAGGGCUCCCAUGCUUUUACAUCGCACAAAAUCCCAGUUCCUGUGACCACCCGUGGUUCCCUGCAUGCCUUGCACAGCAGCGACCGCUGGAGGAGCUGCUCCCCUACAGGAGGUGGGAACUGUCUGCCUCCUUCCUGCUCUGUAACCUUCAGUUCUGCAUCCGGCAUGCUGGUGGCCUAGCAGCUCUUCUUCCAGGCUCUUUGAGCCAUGGUUUUCCCCUAAAAGCCAGUAUUACAACUAAUCUGUUCUAGUUCUCAUGGAGAUGUGCAGGCAGGGCCAAGCUCUUCUCCCAGGCAGCAGGGGUUAGAGCAGUAGCAGGCACGACAGCACUGGACUCUGCUCCCUUCUGCUCUGGGGAGGUAGGUGGACACUUCAGGUGGACAGGGAAAGCCUUUGCCCCAGAGAAGUGGAGAGACUGUGGGUACGAAGGGUUGGAGCUCCUUGAGCAGAUGGACAUGCAGUGUGUGAGCGAGGAGCAGGCAAUGAAAGCUUUACAUCUUCAAGACCAUUGGAAAUGUUCCUUGAUCUUCUUAGCCCUGGGCAAGGCUAGUCAUUGCCUAGCACUGUGAGCUACCAGAUGUCAGUCCACUUUUAUACCCCCAGCUCCAUCCUCAGCCCGUGUGGUCUGUUGGACCACCAGUACUAAGAGCCACUGACUCAACCGGGGCUUCACUGGGGUGGGGCUAAUGCUGCAAGUUAAGAUUUAUCCUGUCUUAAUGCUUCAUGCCUUUUUCUCCUCUGUUGAAGGAGUAUUUCAUCCAGAAAUCACUUCCAGUUGUAAAUAAAGUCCUUCUCUUCACCAGUUUCCUUUGAAACUGCUGUAUUCCUAGGCCUGCUGAGGGGGGGUUUGUACUAAAAGGGAUGUAGGACCAGGAUAGAGCAUGUGCUGCCAUAUCCCACAUUGCGGUGAGCAGAAGGAUUAUGGGGUGAGCAGGAAAGCCAUUUCUGGCAGCCCUUGCCUGCAGCAGGGCCUUCCAUGCUCAGCUGGGUGAGCGUGAAGGCCCGUCAGCUGGAGGAGGUUUUUUGUAAAUCCUAGAGUUAUCUCAGAAUUGAGCUCUGUGGUUUUGUGGCCCAUUUCAACGACCAGCAUGGGCAGGAGCAGAGCUGGCGUGAUACCUUUCUGUUCUGGUGGCUGAGUCAUUUCCUAGGGUGUCUGUUUUAAAUGGGCCUGAGUGAGCUGGUGAAAGGACUUUGGUCUGCUGGCUUGGCCUCAGUCAGGAGUGUUGGUGAAGGAGUCUUCCACAUUGAGCUGGGUUUUGAAAUGAGCCAUCUUAGAUCCUUUCUGGGCACUGACAUUUGGGUGGAAUCAAUCCUGCUUUUUCCAACCUUGCCCACUUGUCUCUAAGGGAGAUCAGCGGGAGGUCACAUUAUUUACUGAGCAGAACUAGAAUUUGCAAGAAAAAUUGACCCCUCUCUGGUACAUUAUUGCUAGGCAGGGGACAGUUGGUUGAUGAGUGGCUCAGGGCAGGAUGGAUAAAAUGGCCCUAGUCUUUGGUAGAGGGUGAGCUGAUGUCAUCUGUGGGAAUGCGCAGGCUAAGAGCCAGCUGGGGCUGUUUGGGGUGACCAGCUGUGGGGGAAUGGGCACCUCUGGCUGAGACAUCUCUAACAGUUGACUGCUGGCUCCCCUGGCCUUGGUGGAAGCAACUGCAGCUGACAGAGAGUAACUGAGGUAAUAAAUGGAGGUACCUAGAGCAGCUCACUGAGGGAUCAGAUGCUUGGACAGCUCUAUUCCCUCUCAUCCAUGUACACAGUCCAGCCCUCCGUGAUGAGGGCAAUGCUGAGAGCAGAGCCUGGCUGAAGCAGUGGGAUCCUUCCCUAGAAGCAUCGUGGCAUCUCCAUCUUUGGAGAUGCUCAAGACUUGUCUUACAGCCCUGGGCAAUCUGAUCUAACUUCCAGUCUUGCCCUUCUGGCUUCAGGUCUAGGCUCUCUCUAACCUGAAGCAUCUGAUGAUUGUGGAGUUACCAACUCUAGCUUUUCCCACAUUUCUUUACUCUUCCAGCAAGGUCUUUUAGCCCCUGACUUCUCACACCCUUGGGUUUAUUUCCUGCCACUAAGAAAAGAGUGCUGCCCAAGGGCUUGCUGGAGCUCUGGUGCAAGUACUGGAGCUCUGGGGAAAGGAUCUAGCUGGUGAUGGGGAUUUCUAUUUUAAAAAUACUUGUAGUAACAGGACCCUGGCCCUAGCAGGAAGGCUGCAGUUGGGAGCUCGUCCAGGAUGGUCUGGGUUUAACCCCUACAAGCAUAUUGAGAAAAGCAUUGGCUUAUCAUAUAUACUAUUGUUUUACUGUCCAUUUUGUGUUAUGGCCAUAUACAUAUUGAAGAAUGGUAGCAGCCGCUGCUGUAGUGUUACACUGUGGUGUAGAGACCUGUGAAAGCCCUUCCAGUUGCAGGAAGAGCCCAAUGCUGCAGUGAGGUCUCAGCUGAGAUCAUUUAGUGCAGAGGGUCUGGACAAAUGUGGCUGCUGAGCAAGGACACCAAGAUAACCCACAGAUCAUGCUGUUGAGUUUGCUGUGCAAAGGUGAGCUGGGAAGGGGGAGCUGGUAACCUGCCUGGAUCUCCUCUGCAUGGUCCUCUGUCUUGUCCGUGGUGUUUUAAAGCCAAUUACAAACUGAAUUUCUGCUGUGACAGCCCAGCGAAUUGUGGAAAAGGUCAGCCUGGCUCAGCUCUGACCAGUCUCAGGGGCCUAAAGUAGGUGUUAUUUCAGUGCUGGGUCACAUUCCUUCUCCUCUGAUCUCUCAAGCUGCGGGUAGGAGCCAUCUCCUACCAUGUUUGACAAGACAUAAGUCAAGUGCCCCUGCCCCAGACUCCCGCUGUGCGUGGCCGGGUCGAGGGAGCCCUCCUGGGCACCAGGAACCAGAGGCUGCAUGUCCCUACCCCAUUACCCAGUCUCAAGUCGGUUGAGAUUGAUUUUCAAGCCAGUGCCAUCCUGGGGAAGGUGCUGGUGCCCCUGUGCUGCUGAGGAGGCUUCUGUGUGUGCCAGAGCUGCAGCUUUACAGGGUGUGGGCAGGGACAAGCUGGGGGAGGGACCGAUGCCACGAUGGCUCUGUAUAACUACUCGCUCUCUCCUGACUUCAGCUUGCUGAAUUGUCAUAGAAUAGCUUCAGGUGAUUAAUAACGCACGUGUAGUCUAACUGUUCUUGUUAUUCCACUAAUAUCCUGGAGUAUGACAAGCUAUAAAUAGUUUGACAGGGUCUGUCUGUCCCUACCUCAUGUAGGACCUAAAAUAAAGUGAAUGAAAUAACUA